AUGGGGGUAGCGAAAAUAUUCCAGAAUCGAAGUAUUAUUGUGGAUAUAUUGGCAAUAUUUUUUGGCAUUGGAACAUGGAUUGGCAUUAAUGGUACAUUUAUACAAUUGCCUCUGCUGGUGGAAGUGGCUCCAGAAGGUUGGAGUUUACCCUCCUAUUUAAGUGUAAUGGUACAAAUUGGUAAUCUGGGCCCAUUGACUUAUACUCUUAUCCAGAAGUUUUGUAAACGUAAUGACGCUCCUAUGAUAUAUUUACUCUUGGCCACGGGCACAUUAUCGGCAAUUUUAACAGCAUUUUUCUAUAAUAAAACUGCUGUGGUGUUCGGUGGAGAGCACAGUGUUGCCUUGUUUGCAUUGACCGUCUUCACUGCCUUUACUGCAUGUACCAGUUCGGUGUUAUUUAUGCCCUAUAUGGGUAGAUUUCGAGAAAUCUAUUUGAUUACGUAUUUUGUGGGAGAGGGCCUUAGUGGUCUAUUGCCAAGUGUGGUGGCAUUAAUUCAGGGUAUUGGUGGUUCGGCUGAAUGCAUAUUGGUAAAUCAGACUGAAAGUGGCGAACCGAUAUAUGAGAAAUAUGUACCGCCACCACGUUUCGGAACUCAGGAUUUCUUUAUUUUCGUCUUCGCUAUGAUGCUGUUGAGUUGUGCCGGAUUUACGCUGCUAGAUCGUUUGAAAUUAUCUAGAACACAAUAUGCCGCAGUUAAAGUGGGUCAGGGCAAUGAUUAUGUGUAUGAGAGAGAAACAAAAGCAACUACCUCUACAGUCGAGGCGAAUGACAAUAAAUCGUCGGGGGCAACAACGACAGCAGCAGCUGCGACAAAUGGUGUGGACAAUAAUCAAAAUACAGUGGUGGAAGAAUUGGCACCGGAAAUAUCCUCAAGGGUCUAUGUAUUCCUGUUAUUGCUAAUUGGCAUCAUUAGCUUUUUUGCCAAUGGCAUAUUCAAUAGCAUACAAUCGUAUUCCUGUUUGCCAUAUGGUGGUCAGGCUUAUCACCUUUCGGCCACUUUAAGUGUUAUAGCAAAUCCCUUGGCUUGCUUUUUGGCCAUAUUCUUGCCUCACACAUCUCUACGUAGUAUCCUCUCACUGACCGGGUUGGCCAGUUUACUUACGAUUUAUGUGUUUGUUACGGCAGCCAUGAGUCCCUAUCCACCAUUGCAUGGUACCACUGCAGGAUCAGUUUUAGUGAUCAUUGCAUGGACAUUGCUAAUUGGCCUGGUCAGUUACAUUAAAUUAAGCAUAACAACGGUUAUGCGUUCUCAGGGCGGUAAAUCCUUGGUAUGGACUGGGGGUUUAACCCAACUUGGUUCCUUCAUUGGUUCCAUUCUUAUUUUUAUUCUAAUUAAUUAUACAAAUAGCUUUACGGCAGCCUAUGAGGAAUGCUAA